CCACCACCCGCAUCCGAGCACCAUGGCCGCCAUGGUGGUCCCUCGACCCUACCAGAUAGCCCUCUACAUGGAGGCCCGGGCCAGGAACGUCAUUGCCUAUCUCGACACGGGCAGCGGCAAGACCCUGGUAUCGGUGCUUCUGAUCCAGGAACUGGUCUCGCCCCUGGUCCCGCUCUCGAACGACGCUAUUCUGUCUGCCCUCCGCAGCGUCUCAAGCACCGAUGUUGAUGCGACCUGGCCCCUGUCGGAAGGAUCCUUGGAUGGGCUCUCCGCUGGGUCUGCCGGCCUUUCCUCCUUUGCGUCGUUUCUCCAGAUUCGACAAAUCCUGCCGCCGCAACCGCGGAAGGUCGUCUUCCUGGCACCCACCGUUGCCCUGGUCGCCCAGCAGGCCCAGCAGAUCACCCGCUCGACCGAUCUCAAAGUCGGCGAAUACGCCGGUCGGGAUCGCUCGUCGCUGCUCUACUGGGAUGCCAUCGGCUGGUAUCAGGAGAUGUCGACCAAGCAGGUUCUUGUGCUCACCCCACAGUUUUUUCUCAAUCUGCUGCAGCAUGGUUUUGUGGGUCUGCAGGACGUCAGCCUGCUCAUCUUUGACGAGUGCCACCACGGCGUCCGCAACCACGCCUACAACAUCCUCAUGAAGGAGUUUUACUUUUCUCUCCCGGCCGAGAAGCGGCCCCGGGUCUUUGGGAUGACGGCUUCGCCCAUCUGCCAAAAGACCACCACCCGCGACGACUCGAUGGACAAGCUGAUCGAGCUCCAGCAGAAUCUGGACUCGGUCGUCGUCACCAUCGAAGACAGACAGAUCCUGCAGGGCCACAUACCCAGGGCCGUCGAGUUUCUGGUCGAGUUCGACAGCGAUCCUGGCCCGAGCGACCGGAACGAAAGCCCCUGGGGCCGCUACUGCAGCCGGUUGUCCGAAAGCCUCCAGCGCAUCACCGUCGCUUCCAAGGACCGAGGGGACUCCAAGGCCGCAUCGCUGGAGGCUCACUGCGUCCUGCUGCGACACACCAACAGCACCCUGGGGGUCUGGUGCGCUGCCAAGCUCGCCGAGAUCCACGUCCUGUCCGAGCGAAAGCAGCAGGCUCGUCUGAAUCUCUCCGAACUCGCCGGCAGCCGGGCCGAGUCAUCAGCCAGCGCAUCACCACGCAAGAGAGCGCUUUCGCUCGAUGCCCCGGCCGAUGGAAUGUCCGCUGGAAUACCGGCAAGAAGCCCCGGAGCGACUCCCGACCCGUCCUGGAUCAAUGAGCCGCCGCCGACGAACAGCGACAUCCAGGAAAGCGACCUCUCGCCCAAGAUUCACACGCUGCUCCGAGUUCUGAAAGAGCGCCUCACCAAGACAGACCGGGCACAGUUUCGGGCCAUGGUCUUUGUCGAGCGCCGAUCGAUUGCCUCGAUCGUGUGCCAGCUCCUGAAUGCGCUCUCGUCCAGGGUUUUCGGAGACAUGCUCAAGGCCGACUUUAUCACUGGCCAGAACCGGCAAAAGGCCAAGCUCAAGACCGCAGAGCCGUCCAAUGCAUCGUCGAAGCACCACCGACGGAUCCUGGAGAAUUUCAAAUCCGGCAAAAUCAACACCCUGGUCGUUACGCAAGUCGCCGAAGAAGGCGUGGACAUUCCCGCCUGCCGCCUCGUUAUCAUGUUUGACCGCUCCCGCAGCCACACCGGUUACGUGCAGUCUCGCGGCCGGGCUCGCGAUACCACCGGCUCUGAGUAUGUUGUGCUUGUUCAGCGCGACGACCUCUCGACGAUGGAGUUUGUGGCCAAGGCCAAGGUGAUCGAGAUGAUGACUCGCAGCGUGGCGCUCGAGGCCUCCAAGGACGAGAAUUCGCUCAAGGUGCUCCGAGGACAGACCGACAACGAUGUCGUCGACAGCAUGGUCUUUGGCGCCGAGGCCGGUCGAGAUGUUGUCACGCAGGGAGGUGCCAAAGCCACCCUGCUUAGCGCCUCGACUUGCUUACAGCGACUCCUGGUCUCGAUUGGCGCCUCGCCGCAGACGUGCUUCUUGCUCGUUAGCGAUCCUACAAAGAACCAAGAGGCAACGCAGCCAUCUUCUCAGUCGUCACGCGCCCCUGCGGAAUCAAGCCCGGGGUCGCUCGGCUUCGCCUUCAAGGUUGUGUUUCCGCGUGGGUCUGCCCCUUCGCGGGCCGUCGGAGAUGUUCUCGGCCCAGUCAUGUUCACAAAAAAGCUUGCAUUCCAGGCUGUUUCGUUGGAGGCUGUACGACGUCUCUAUGCUGCGGGGCUCCUGAACGAGCAUUUGCUGCCUCCCGUGAGCAACCUCCUCGCAUCCAAAAAGGGCCACAGAGGCAUCUCCUUCAGCUUGACGAACAUCCUUCUCCUGAAGCUGCCAAAGACACCCGUCCACCGCGCUAUCGCAGCAGCGGUCGAGAGCGAAUACCUGGUCACUGACCGAUACAAGCAGCGAGUGCCGGUCGUAUUUCAGACCGACACCUGGAUCCAGACCUCGGGACUGGCCUCGGUGCAGCCAAACGUCAUUCCCUCGGACGACAUUGCCUUGUUCGUGACCCUGAUCUCGAGCGGGCCGCAGAUGGAGGUCUACACUCGCGGCGACCCACCGAUAUGCCCCUUCCGAGAUGUACUCUUUCCCCCGCUCUUCCCAAAGUCGCACUCCAAGUACAGCAACCACUACUACUACUUUCCGAACCACAACUACUUUGCACUCUCGCCACUCGAGCCGCGGCGCACGUUUGCGAUACUGACGCCGACACGGAUUCCCGUCGAGCGCAUCCCCGACAUUGAGCUUUUCUUGGACAGCGAUCGCCGCUGCAACGUCGAGCUGCUUUCGUGGAAUCCCAGCACCGACUCUGGCUGCAUGGGCAUCAAGGCCGUCGAUGGCGCUUCGGAAACCUGCCGCGACAACAAGCCCAUGCAGCCUGGGCAAGCGCCCGUUGUUUUCCGCCCCGAGGAGCUGCAGCGCAUCAAGGACUUCCAGAAGGCAUUUUGGGACACCGUCCUGAAGAAGCCGGAUGUCGUAGUUGAUAACGUUGACAAGAUUGGGCCGGCGAUGUACCUGGUGAUUCCAAUGCUGGGCCAGCCGUGCGCCCCCGAUCCCUCGACUGCCUUCCAAGUAAGCUACGCCGACGUGAUUCCACAUUUACCGGUCGAGUCCGUCGACAGCAAUGACGCUGCACCUGUUGCCCCAGCUUCAUCACCAAAGUGUCGAUGGCGGAUCGACUGGCAGAUGAUCAACACCGUCAGUGCGGCGCCACAGCUCUCCUUGUCAACAUGGAUAUCGGCGCUUGCCUCGGUCCUGGACGACAUGGCCGGCACAGAAGACGCCAAGGCCCCAAGCGGCCAACAGCACAAUACAUCCGCCUUGGAUCCUGGGCAAGGCGAUGGACACGAGGGGCUCUCGGAUCAUGCAGAAGCGGAUGAGUUUGAAUGGCUGCCCCGCAGCGGCUCGCCUGCCGACUCGGACAGCUCCUCUGUGAUAUCCGAUGUGCCUCCGCCAGCAUUCCUCAGUACUAGUCCGGAAGUGCCAUUGGGAGACACAGAACACGACGAAUACGUGCAGCAGCAUCGCCAUGAGGAGGCCCUGCAAACUCCGUCCAAGGACCCGUCGAGUGGCCGCGCCCUGCCGCAGAUCCUUGGGCUGCACGAGCCUUUGCGAGAGGUUUCAUCGUUCGGCUCCCUCUUCGACCUGUUGAUAAACUUUGAUGUCGAGACCUUGGGAGUCCGCGGCGAAAACGCGCUCGUACCCGAGUUCUACCGAGGCCGGCGCUUGAUUCUUUCCAAGCUCAACAAGAUGCUGUCGCAGGUCCUGGUGCUUACGCCGCACAACAAUGCCAUGUAUGCCCUGCACAGAAUCGCUCUCGGCCAUCGUACCUCCUCGCCGGAGGAACUCACGCCCGAGUCGACCUUUAUCCGCGAGGCUGCCGACGGCACAACCGAGCAAGUCUCGUUCAUGGACCACUUUACCGCUCUUGGAUACACAAUUCGGCAUCCAAAGUCCGUGAUGAUCGAGGCGCAGAGCAAUCCGUUCCGACCGCAGCGCACUCUGACUCAGCAAGGCGCUGUCAAGGACGCCAAAAUCCUCAAGCAUCAAACGGCCGGGCCCCGGUUGAGGCGAUGCGUCUAUCUGCCGCCAGAUGCAUGCUCGGUUCUGCCUUUCCCCUCCGAAAUGGCCCAGCUGGCGAUGACGCUGCCAUCGAUCCUUCACCGGGUCGAGACCAUGUGUCUGAUAGAAGAGUUUCGGGUGUCCAAUGCACUGUGGGACCUGACCAGCACAACGCUGUUCUCUGUAUUCAACGCUCCGUCCGCCCGCGCUGGGGUCGAUUAUGAGCGGCUCGAAAUCCUUGGCGACUCGUUCUUGAAGCUCGCCUCCAGCAUUGACCUCUAUCGCUGCAUGCCAAGCGAGGACGAAGGUGUGCUUUCACGACAUCGCGCGGCCUGCGUGAGCAACAUGCGGCUCUUUGAAAUAGCCCUCUCGCAGGGAUACGCCGAGUUGAUGCUAGUGGCCCCGUUCAAUCCACGGCGCUGGCGGCCGCCAAAUCUGCAAAUAUCGCGGGUGAGAGCCGCAACCCAAAACCAGACCCCAGUCAACGCCGUUCAAGAGCCCGACGCAGAGUCAACGACACCAAGCGCGGCGCUGACCAAGACCAUCAGUCGCAAGAUGCUUGCCGACUUUGUCGAGGCCCUCGUCGGGGGCUGCUACGUCGAUGGUGGACACGAGGCCGGCUGGAAAAUGCUUGAACAUCUCGGGCUUGUGGGGCUGGACCGCGAUGCAGAGGCGCGACUUGGCCAACUGCACCAGCGCCGUGCUCUCCACCUGCCGUUCCUUCACGGCUAUCUCAGAGAUUGUGGCAGGACCGACUUCCCAUACGACUCGGUCGAGGCCCUCCUUGGAUACAAGUUUCGAUAUCGAUUCCUUCUGCUUGAAGCGUUCACGCAUCGAACCAGCGCCGAUGCGGUGCUGCCGUCCUGCGAACGACUCGAGUUCCUCGGUGACGCCGUGCUGGACUGGAUGCUGCUGCGAUUCUUCUUUACGUGCUAUCCGCAUCUGGAUCCCGGCAGGCUCUCGGAGCUCAAACAGGCGGCUGUCAACAACGAAGCCUUUUCGCGGCUGUGUAUUGCCCACGGACUGGACAAAUACCUCAUUCACCGCGAUCCAGCUCUCAGCAACAGCAUCGAAGCCUACAAGAGCCAUUUGACAGGGCUGAUGCGGCGGACGGAGGAGCACGGCCUGCACGCUGCCGCGGGCGAUACGCUUUCAGGCACUGCCCCCGCCGACGAUGUGGUCAACGUCGAGGGACCCAAAGAUCUCGGCGACCUCUUUGAGGCCGUUGCCGGGGCAGUGCUUGUGGACUCGGACUGGGAUAUAGAAGUGGUGUGGGGUGUGUUCGAGCCUCUGCUGGCGAGCUUCUUGGAGCAGCACGUCAAUCCCGACACCGUCCGCAAGAGUCCAAUCCGGAUGGUCUACGAGUGGUUCCAAAGCCGCGGGGUGCACUCGACCAACGUGAGCUUUAGGUUCGUCGAGGACGAAGAAGCUGGGCUGAUAACCGGCCAAAUACUACUGAUGAACGAACUCCUGGUUCAAAAGCGGGGGAACUCAGUCCCGGCAGCCAAACGUGCCGUGGCGACCGAGUUUGUAUCGUGGAUCGAAGCGAAUACGGGCGUCGUUUCAGCAAUCCUUGAGCGCAGCGGGACCAGUCUUCUGGGUGCCAAGCAAUAACACUAGGUACACUACCUCGCCACGAAAUGCUGGAGGGCCAUUGUUCGCGGUUCCCAGUCCAAACAGAGCUGAGCAACUUGGUUGUCCGUGCUUCGCAAUCCCGAUCGGGUGCACUUGGUGAAGUGUUGGAUAUGGUAUGCGGCAGACUCCUGUCUCAUCGAGCUCGAACAGUAUUCUUGUCUUGUGUUCGGGAGACGGAUGGCCAUGUCGAGCAAUGGAUAUGUAU